ACACAUCUUUGUUGUAGGCGAGUUAACAACAACUACUACAGAACCAGUGACAACAGUUUUAACAAGCACAACACCGUCCACUACCACAAUCCAACCAGAUGUAUCUUUCGAUCAACCUGAAUACGUUGGAAUUUUAAGUGGCAGCGGGGUAACAAUGACGUGUAGAAUCAUUACGUCAUCAUGGAACUAUAUUGACGUCAUUCGUCUCGAUUCUGCUGCAACGGACGUGCUGGUUGCGAGGGUAAACGGAUCGUUGAUUACUCAUCCGUUUUCCCCAAGAAUCACUGCCAGUGUAACUGGAGGAAAUGUUGUCGUUGAUUUUACCACUAUUCAGUGUGACGACGCGGGAACUUAUCUAUGUGUAUUGAAUGCUACAACAGGCAGGAUUCAAUCACCAACCUCAGACCUACAUGUCCGACGCCCUCCUUCACUUCCUGUACUUCACUUAAAAGGUCACCAGGUCGUCGGCUCAACCGUCAACUAUGUUCACAAACACACAUGUACUGGAGAUGUGGGUUAUCCCGCCGGAGAGUUUAAAGUUCAAUACGCACCCACAGGGUCCUCUGUAUUCACUGACAUUAGCGUGUCAAAUACCCAGACUUCACCGAGUGAUUGGCUCUGUAACAGUACCGAACGAACNUACAUUAUCCAAUUAAUUGCAGGAAAUAUGUCACGUGUUAUGGACAUGUUUUGUGUUCUGGGUUACUCAUUUUAA